UUAUUUUUCGGUCGGCCGCUCUUACCGCAUAUAUAUAGCGAAGACCAGACCAACACACAUCAUUCGCAUUCAGGACUUCGCUGGCUUCAGUGCAACCUACAAGUGAAGCAUCAUGAGACCCAUGCUCGUAGCCGCCAGUCUGGUGGCUCUUCUGGCCAUCUCUCAUGCUGAAGAGGCCAAGAAAGCAGAAAAGGAAGUGGCAGUGACCGACAACAAGGAGGCGGCGUCAGACGACAAGAAGCACGAGAAGAGAGGAAUCUGGGACAUCGGAUUAGGGUACGGCCACGGAGGCAGCCUGGGCGGAGGAUAUGGCGGAUUCAGCGGCGGCGGAGGAUACGAUCUCGGACACGACACUCAUGUCCACAAAACUAUCACCCUCGUCAAGAACGUCCCCGUCCCUUACCCUGUAGAGAAACAUAUCCCCGUCCCAGUUGAGAAGCACGUCCCCUACCCCGUUAAGGUACCAGUACCACAACCCUACCCUGUUGUAAAGCACGUUCCUUACCCAGUGAAGGAAGUUGUCAAAGUACCCGUGCACAUCCCUCAGCCUUACCCUGUCGAAAAGAAGGUUCCAGUCCCGGUCCAUGUCCCAGUCGACAGACCAGUGCCUUACAAGGUAUACGUACCCCAACCCUACCCCGUUGAGAAGCACAUCCCAGUGCCCGUCAAGGUCCCAGUGCCAGCUCCUUACCCAGUAGAAAAGAAGGUCCCCUACCCAGUCAAGGUGCCAGUCCAUGUGCCAGCCCCCUACCCAGUAGUCAAGGAAGUACAUGUCCCAGUCAAGGUCCCCGUCGACAGGCCCUACCCCGUGCAUAUUCCCAAGCCAGUGCCUUACCCAGUUGAAAAGCCCGUCCCAUACCCAGUCGAAAAGCCUGUCCCGUAUCCCGUCAAAGUCCCCGUCGACCGUCCAUACCCAGUUCACGUAGAGAAACCCGUGCCUUACCCCGUAAAAGUACCAGUGCCUGCCCCGUACCCAGUUGAGAAGCACAUCCCGUACCCAGUCGAGAAACAUGUGCCAGUCCCAGUGAAAGUCCCAGUCGACAGGCCCUACCCGGUACAUAUCGAGAAGCACGUGCCAGUCCACAUUGAGAAGCCCGUGCCUUACCCCGUGAAGGUGCCCGUCCCAGUCGUCGUCGGUCAUGGUCAUGACUACGAGCAUGGUCAUUAUGGUAGCUACUAAAGGCUGCAGGAAGCAGACUUCUGAAUGUGAUAUAUAAAUAUAAGCUUAGCACUAAACACGACCGCGGGCCGGGGAACAAGUGUCAGAAGGAUAGUUGCAGCGCGCUAGAUCCCUGGACCCAGUGUGCCCCGACCCGCGAGCGAAACGCACUGACUCUAAUACUCUCUAAUAGUCUAUUUUUUGUUAUGAUUCCGUUUUUAGCUUAUACCUGAUCGGUGAAUGUUACGUUUGAGUUGAUGUACCUGUUAUUUUUAGUUACCAAAACUUGUGUUCUCUAUUAUUUUAAAUGAGUAUUUUUUUAUACGAACUGAUUGUAAAAUAAAAAAUGGCGCGGCCAAUUUAAUUGUGA